AUGACUUCACCCCCUUCUCCGUACAUCAAACCAGAAUACAACAUCACAACAACCCCCAAACUUGUUGCCUCAUCCGCUUUGCUUGACUUGUUUCCGUCACUACCGCCUCUCCUCAAACCGUCACCGUCUGCCUCAAUUGCCAAACCGUCACUGUCAGAGUCAAAAAUGUCAUUGACUGCCGAUUUCGAGGUUUCAAGACAUCCAACCCUCAAACUGACGGGGGUGGAGCAGCUUAAACCACCAGGCUCCGAGUCAACCUAUCUUGACUGGAGAUGGAUUCUGGAGAUACAUUUCAUGGCGACCAACGUAGACUACAUCAUCACCAAAGAUCUGGCGAAGGCUAAACUCAAACCAAACUGGGAGAGAGACAACAAAGCCGUAUGCGGUGUUAUCUCCAGAACAAUUCAUCCAAUCAACAUCCGGAACGUCCGUCACUUGAAGACUGACGCUUGCAGGUUGUGGGAUGCUCUGAAACAAGCCCACCAAGACUCUUUGGCCGGCGGAGUUAUGUACUGGCUCCGCAAGCUAACAAUGUCACGAAUGGUGACCGACAAUCUUUCAUCCCAUCUAGACAAGAUGGCCAAGACCUAUGAAUGUCUCAAUGCUCUCAUCACAACCAAAUCGCCUCUCACACCGGAGGACAUAUACUCGGCUUCCAUUCUAACGUCUCUUCCUCAAGAUUGGUUGUCGUGCGUCUCAUCAAUGAUGAAUGAGCCAUGCGUCAGUCCCAUCAAAUUGAUUGACGCGCUCAAAGCUGAGGAACUUUGUCGUAAAACAAGAUGCAAAGAUCCCUCUCUUCUUGAAUCUGCCUUGGCGACAAAAGCCAACCCACUGUGA